GGCUCGGCUCGGCUCCGCACACCCCAUCAUGGCGCUGCGGCGGCCGGAGCUGCUCCGGCUCCUGCUCCUGCCCCUGCUCGGCUGCAGACUCUUGGCUGUGGAGCUGAUAUCCAGCAACACCCAGCCCGUGGUGCAGGAAUUCCAGAGUGUUGAGCUGUCCUGCAUCAUUAAAUCCACUGUGACGCCAGAUCCCAGGAUCGAGUGGAAGAAAAUCCGAGACGGAGAAACCUCUUACGUGUUUUUUGACAAUAAAAUGCAGGGAGACUUUGCGACCCGGGCAGAGAUCCUGAGCCGGACAUCCCUGGUGAUCAAGAACACCACCCGGAUGGACACGGCCACGUACCGCUGCGAGGUGGCAGCGCCCUCCGACACCAAAAGCAUCGACGAGAUCAACAUCCAGCUCACGGUCCAAGUGAAACCCAUGACUCCCAGAUGCACUGUGCCUAAAGCUGUACCUGUUGGCAAGUCAGCCUCUCUUCACUGCCACGAGAAUGAAGGUUUCCCCAAGUCCACUUACAGCUGGUACCGCAACAGCGAACCUUUGUCACCCGACAUGAAAGCCAAACCCCACAACUCCUCCUACACCCUGAACCCCGCCACAGGCACUCUGGUUUUCCACGCAGUGCACAAAGGUGACACAGGACGUUACUUCUGCAUAGCAACAAAUGAUGCUGGCUUUGCCAAGUGUGAGGAGCAGGAGAUGGAAGUCUAUGACCUCAAUAUCGGUGGGAUAAUCGGGGGAGUCCUGGUGGUCCUGGCAGUUUUGGUGCUCAUCACCUUUGGGAUCUGCUGUGCCUACAGGAGGGGAUACUUUGCCAACGGCAAAGAGAGCGGGGAAAGCUACAAGACUCCAGCAAAACCUGAUGGCGUUAACUAUAUCCGGACAGAUGAUGAGGGCGACUUCAGACACAAGUCUUCGUUCGUCAUAUAGGACACCAAAAGAAUACAGCAAAACCAGCAAAAGUGUGAAAAUACCUCCUCCAGGAACUCAAAGCAAGAGCAAAAGAUUAAUUAAGUGCGCUUGGAAGAGUUUGGAACACACAAGAACUCGAUAGCUAGCUAUCUGUAUAUCUUUUUUUUCUUUGCCAAAGUUUAAAGUAACUCCUCACUGCCCAACUCGCGUCUCCCCUGCCUCUGGAGAUACCAACAGGAUCACCUAAACCUGUCCUUGGACUAAGGAAGCAUUUUAAUACUUCCCAAGAGACUGGGCUGUGGAAGUUUGUGGCAUUGCCUUCUAUUUGUGCUGCAGGGACACGGCCACAAUGUGCAGACCACCCAGGGGGACAGCAUUAGGUAAACGUGCAGUAGACAUUGCUAGUACGUGUUACUAGGAGACAAAAAAAAGGUGCUGAUACAGCAGUAGAUGGACUUCAAACAGCGAGAUUUAUCCAUGCAAGGGGGGGGGUUUCCUCCCAGCAGCUCAUUGCCCAGGCCUGGCUGGUGACUUUUACACAUUCGUGUGUAAAAGAUUGUCCUGUGCUCGACUCUGACUGCUCAGGAGCAGGGGGGGUGUCUCUGAACAGCCAACAGCGAACACCACUAAUGUUCUCGGCCCCUGUGUAAACUUAAUUCUUGUUAUUUAACAUGAUGACCCACCAGGCCAGGAUUGCUUCUGUUCCCUGCUUUGUAGAGAACUCAUUGCACGCAGGUAACCCCUCCAUCUAAUCUGCACAAAGCAGACUUGCCUCCUGAGUCUUUCCGUGCUGAAAGAGGCUUAGAGGGGAGGCACAGAACGAGUGCUGAGACAUCCCUUUCAGGAAAAUUAAAGCCAAAUACUUUUCCUAGGCUGAGAUUGCCAUAAAAGGUACUGAGAUAUCUUCCAGCUUUUUUUACCUUCUCCGUUUCUUUUGUAGAACCCCACGUUCUAAAUUUUUUGCAAAGAUCUAUUUUGAUUACUUCAGAAAAAGGUAACAUUUCUAUUUAAAGUGUAAAUACGUGAUGCCAGCAGUGUUUAAGUAACGGAGCUAUUUUUUUACUGUUGAAGCUACAGAGAGGAGCUCAACUGUUGCUAUAAUAUGGCACUGUCAGAGCAUAUCAGUAUUAGUGCAAACUGUAUUAAAAAGCUGCAGGUGGAACAGCAUCUCUUUCCUCUUAAACCAGCUUCAGCCAUUUCCUUGUCACAAGAGGUCUUACCAGACACAGAACAGAGUCACUCAGGGAUAGUUUUUGUAAAUUUUCGGCAGGAGCUGUCAACUUUUUUUUUUUUAUAUAGAAAACUUCUCUUGCCAGUGACCAACACUUUGUUUUUGUUGUUGCAAGAAAUAUCCAGGGAUGGCUAUUUUGGAUUCAGUUCCAACGAGGUGACAGAGUGACUUCAAUGUUUGCUGCCCCUCUGCAAGUUCCCUAAAGCACUAACACGGUGUGACAGCUACAGCAACCCGACAGGUUUAAAGCUUACACGGCCAAGGCCACUGUUUCUGGAGCUGGGAAGGCAAAAGCACGACACAAAAGCACUUUCUCGGUGUCAGAUGAAACUUUUCUCUAGGUGGUAAAAGAAAAAAAAAAAUAAAUUAAUUUGGUUCUUUUGGCUUGAGAGAGAAUAGCUGGAAA